AUGCGCUACAUCAUCCGAGACGACAAGGCUGCUGUCGGCAAAUACGUCGGCGAGUACGUAGCCAAGCGCAUCAACGCGCACUUUGAAGUCACCGACCGACCCUUCGUACUCGGCUGCCCAACCGGCUCGUCGCCGCUCGACACCUACAAGACCCUCAUUCAGAUUCACCGCGAAGGUCGCGUCUCUUUCAAAAACGUCAUCACCUUCAACAUGGACGAGUACGUCGCACUCCCAAAAUCGCAUCCCGAGUCCUACCACUCCUUCAUGUGGAACAACUUUUUCAGCCACAUCGACAUCCAGCCUCAAAACGUCCACAUCCUCAACGGAAACGCGCCCGAUCUCGUCGAAGAGUGCAACCAGUACGAAGCCAAGAUUCAAGCUGUAGGCGGUAUCGAUCUCUUCAUGGCAGGUGUCGGCUCGGAUGGUCACAUUGCGUUCAACGAGCCGGGCUCGUCGCUUGCUUCCAGGACGAGGAUCAAGACGCUCGCUUAUGAUACGGUGUUGGACAACUCGAGGUUCUUCGAAAACGACCCGCUCAAGGUCCCCAGGAUGGCACUGACGGUGGGAGUCCAGACCGUGAUGGACGCAAGGGAGAUCUUGGUGAUCAUCGUGGGUCAGCACAAGGCUCAUGCCCUGGCAAAGUGUGUGGAGGAGGGUGUUAACCACAUGAACACUGUCUCGUGCAUUCAGUUGCACCCAAAUGCGCUGCUGGUCUCGGACGAGGACGCCACCUCGGAGCUGCGCGUCAGGACCGUCAGAUACUUCAAGGGAAUCGAGAGGGCGCAGGAGGAGAUCGAGAAACUCUACGGAUUGCACGGUCACAAAAAGACGGCUUCGAACGGUGGUAGCCCCGUCGUCAGCAGUAACAUUGCUUGA